AUAUAACUAAAGAGCAGCUUCAAAAAAUCGAUUCCGAUUUCAAGAACAUCAUAAUGCCCAGAACGUUAUCUACAUUGCCAAUUACAGUCGAAGAAUUACGCUCUUUGUAUUUUGGUGACAAAGCAGUGUCAGAGAAAACUCUAAAAAAUUGUGUUGAUUUUAUGGGCGAUGAAUAUUUCACUCGUGAUAUAAUGGAAGUAGUGGAUAUUCAGACAAAGUUGAAAAAUGAUAAGAAAGCAACGUAUCUGUAUCAAUAUUCAUACGAGAGCGAAACUUCUCCAAUGAGAAAAAUAUUUGAUAUUAACUUCCCAGGUGCGUCUCAUGACGAGGAUCUAGCGUAUUUAUUUUAUCCUAAUUUGAUAAAAGAUCUCGGCAUGUCACCACCUGCAAUUGAUUCGGAAGACUACAAAAUGAUGAAUUGCCUAACGCAAAUGUGGACGGAUUUUGCUAAAACAGGGUACGAGAAAUUUAAUUUCUCCUUUUCAAACUUUA